AUGAAAGACUAUUCAAACAACAAUAUCAAGACUGACCAACAACAUGUCUCAAUGUCCCCACCAAAGACACCAAUGUACCGCAGCUAUUAUGACAUUAGCAUGGCAGAGAGGAAUAGGACAAGGACACCAUUGCCACCAUCACCAAAGUUAAGCUCACCACUCAACUAUCAUGCAGAGUUAGACAUUGAUCUUCGCAUUCAAAUGGAUGAACAGGAUAGAUUGGACAAUUAUAUCUUACUCUCACCAUCUGAACAACUACCAUCAUUAUCAAACAACAUCAACAAUGACCAACCUCGUGCGUUUGGUGUUCAAUGCCCAUCACCGCCUCGCACUCCAAUGUACAGUGCAUCUGAUCAUCAAAAGAAUGUACAAAUAUAUCGAUCAAUCUUCUCAACAUCCACAUCAAAGCCAACAUCAACAUACAAUUAUCCAUCAUCAGCGACAAAGCCCAAGUCCAAGCCCAAUACCAUGGAUUACAACUACACAUCAAGCAUUAAUGGCGAUAAAGAGAACAAUGUAAAUAGUACGAAUACACCUUGUCCGGUCAAGAAGACGAUGAAGACACCUCAACACUUCACACUGGGGACAUCGAUCUAUUCGCCAGAGUUGGCCUCACCCGAGUUAUCAUCUCCACCACGUACUCCAUUCAUUAAGUUCAACGUGGACAAUGACAUGCAGAGACAACAACAACAACAACAACAUCAUCAAUAUCCAGUGCGCACACCAAGCAGGCGAUUACCUGAUCCACCAUCACAUCUGUAA